CUCAACUCUGUAUCAGAAAAAGAAAAAACAUAAAAAAAGGUACGAAAAUUUAAAAAGAAGAAAAAGAAAAGAUUUGAUAUUAAAAGUGUCAAUUAAAAAAAGAUAUUUUGCAAAAUCAAAGUUGGGAGAUUUCCUUGCAAGCUGUGCCACCGCCCUCUCUCUCUCUCUCUCUCUUAGUUUUUUUUACAGACAUAGAAAUAAGAAACCCUGAAACAGAGAUAAAACAAAACACAAGUUUUGAGUGUGUUUUUUCAAGUCUCUCUCUUCUCUCUCUGUCCUUGUUAAACACAGCAACCGCCUUUAUUACACAAAACUCUCUUAUAAUAAUCUCUCUCACCAUUUCUUCUCUUCUCUUCAGAAGAAAGAAAGAAACUCAUAAAGGAGAAGAAAUAAGAGUUUCUCUGUCUUAAACUCAUUCAUUCUUUCUCUCUCUAUAACCAGAGUUCUGUCUGUGAAAACACACAAAUCUAAGAGAAGUUAUGAAUAAACAAGAUGUUAUGAAACUUCAGACUUGUGUUCUGAAAGUGAACGUACACUGUGAAGGGUGUAAGCAUAAAGUGAAGAAACAAUUGCAGAAAAUCGAAGGUGUUUACUCUGUAAAAGCAGAUGUAGAACAGGGGAGAGUUACUGUUACAGGGAACAUUGACCCAGCUCUUCUGGUUAAGAAACUUAGCAAAUCAGGCAAACAUGCCGAGAUCUUAGGCGGUGGUGGAGGAGGAGGCGGCGGAGGUGGAAAGGGGUUUCCUAAUCUGAAUGGGCAAUUUGCAAAUCUCAACAUGGGUGGAAACAAUAAGCCUAAAGGUGGAAAAGAGAGUAACCAAGUCAAGGGUAAAGCUGGUGGUGGCGGUGGAGGAGGUCAGAAUCAUGGACAUGGUCAGCCAAUGCAAUUGAAUCCUCAACAGAUUCAACAGAUGAUGAUGAUGAAGGCUGCUCACGGUGGUGGUGGUGGUGGUCAGAUGAAGAUGCCGCCUAUGGCAGCUAAGGAUCAGAAGAAGUCAGUUAAGUUUGCUGAUGAUGAAGACGAUGAGUUUAGUGAAGAUGAUUAUGAUGAUGAGGAUUUCAGUGAAGAUGAUUAUGAUGAUGAUGAGUUCGAUGAUGAUGAAGAUGAUGAUGAUGAGAUGGGUCAUGGUCAUGGACAUGGAGGAGGUGGGGGUAAUCACAUGCCUCCUAAUAAGAUGAUGAUGCCUAACAAGAUGAUGCCUCAGAUGGGUGGUCAUCAUGGUAAUGGUGGUGGACCUAAGGGUCCCAAUGAGAUAAUGAUGAUGAUGAAUGGGUUCAAAGGCGGAGGCGGUGGAGGAAAGAAAGGCGGUGGUGGCGGGUUUGAGAUUCCGGUGCAGAUGAAGGGAAUGGGUGAGGGUAAAAAUGGAAAGGAUGGUAAAAAGGGUAAAGGAGGAGAGAAGGGUAAGAAAGAAGGGAAAGAGAAUAAAGGUGGGGGCAAAACCGGAAAAACAGAUGCCAAAAGUGGUGGUGGUGGCCUUCUAGGGUUUUUCAAAAAGGGUAAAAGUGGGAACGGAGAUGAGAAGAAGAGCGCUGGGAAGAAAGAUGGCCAUGGGGGUAAUAAGGUCAAAUCUCAUGGUGGGGGAGGAGGAGUUCAGCAUUAUGAUAGUGGGCCUAAAAAAGGUGGUGGUGGGACCAAAGGAGGAGGCCAUGGGGGCCUUGACAUUGAUGAGCUCAUGAAACACAGCAAAGGAGGAGGAGGAGGAGGUAACAAGGGCAAUCAUAAUCAUAGCGCCAAAGGGAUUGGUGGUGGCCCAAUGGGUCCAGGCGGUCCGAUGGGUCCAGGCGGUCCGAUGGGUCAAGGUGGUCCGAUGGGUAUGAUGGGUCCAGGUGGUCCGAUGAGUAUGAUGGGUCCAGGCGGUCCUAUGGGUCCAAUGGGUGGCCAAGGCGGCUCUUACCCAGCGGUUCAAGGCUUGCCAAUGAGUGGAGGUGGAGGAUAUUAUCCAGGGCCGCCUCAGGCAAGUCAGCAAAUGAACCAACAACAAUAUAUGCAAAUGAUGAUGAACCAACAGCAGCAACAACAACAACAACAACAAGCUGUAGCUCAUGGUGGCUAUGGCGGUGGUCACGGUGGCGACAUGUACCAUCCGAUGAUGUACGCUCGGCCUUAUCCUGCAGUUAAUUAUGCUCACCCUCCACCAAUGCCGCCUCCUCACUCGGAUUCUUAUACUCAUAUGUUCAGCGAUGAGAAUCCAGGUAGUUGUAGUAUUAUGUGAUCAUCUUUUGUAAUGUUAUUUAGAAUAUGGACAUGUAUGCUUGUCUUAGUCUUAUGUUUUUUUUUUUGGGGAUGUCCUUAUCUUUUUUACUUUGGAGGAUUGGAAACAAAAUGUGCUUUAAUUUUGUUAGUGGAAUGAUGUUUAUAAUAUCUCGAUUUCGGAAAAAGAAUGGUUAUUGGUUAUUAGGUUGCAGAAAAAGUAGGAUGUAUGUUAUGUAGUGUUUAUCUUAGUGUGAAAAGGAUGUUGCAGCCGCCUAUAUAGUAGGUAUAACAGCAUUAUCAUUUAUGAUAAUCAACUUGUAUAGUGUGCCACUACUGUUGUGUGAUCACACCAUAUUAAAUUUGACCCAUAAAGUACCAACCUGGAGACUCAUGUGUUGAUUAUGAUGUUUCGAAAGUAAAAUAAUCCAAAAAAGUGUGGAGAAAACUUUGAGAACUAUCCAUUGUGUUCGACCCAGUUAUUUUCGAAAGGUCAAAUUAGUGUAUGAUUCGAGAAAUCACUACAGUUGUUUUCACUAGUAAGUUAGUAACCGUUGUGUCUCUUAUCAAAACUUGAAUUCAUAUUUUGGCCAAUAUAGUACAAUAUUGCAGACAAUGUUUCC